UGGUCCGAUCCACGACGGGGUGGUGGUGGGAGCGCCGACGUUCGGAGGAGGAUCGUCCCGUGUCGGUGGGCCAACGAAUGGGUGUUGUCCACCGGUCUCGAGUUCCAUGGGCGCUGGGCCACUUGGCGAGUCGUCAAGGGCUGUGACACCACCCGUCCCUCGGUGUCUUCGCCUGCAAUGCGGCAGAGGGCGACCGCAAGUGCUGCAAUCAAUGAUGGGACUCCAUCGGAAGACAUCGGGAGGCAGGCGUGGGAGAACUGCCACCUACAGAUGCGGCGUGCUGCCGCGGAGAACAUAACCACCGGUGUGUCCAGGCUGCGUGUGGGGACCGACGUGGAUGCGGACGACGGCCGUCGGGCGAGUGGGGACGAGUCUCCGGAUUCCCGUUACGAAGACGACGCGGAAGACGGUGAGGGGUUGGAGAUCCGACCCGUGGCUGCGCGUGGUGGGCGGAGGGGAGGACGCGGACGUCAGCAAAGGGGCGAGUCGCGUGGUGGCCGAGGAUCGAAGGCUCCUGUGGGCGACAAGGGUGGCAAGCACCCAUCUUGGAGUGUGGAGGAGAUGCUGAAGCUCGCUCGAGCGAAGCGGGAUCAGCAAGCUCAUUUCGAGGGAAUCCCGCACAACUACGGCCGCAUGCGCGACAGGGAGGCAACGGACGACAUCGGGAAGAAGUGGGAUAACGUCUUCCAGCAGUACAAGAAGGUGCAGCGUUACCAGAGCAUGUCCGGUGGGAAGAACUUCUUCACAUUAACUCCUGCAACGAGAGCGGACGAGGGUUUCAACUUCCAAAUGGAUGAGCGAGUCUUCAAUGAGAUCGACAACAUGUCGAAAAAUAACAAGACCAUCUACCCGGACAACGUGGCAGACACGAGCGCCCGCGGAGGAGUGCCGCCAGCAAUGGAUGGUCACCGCCAGGCGGUCGUUGGUGGAGAGUCCUCUGCUGGUGGAGAGGGGGGUGAUGGCGUCGACGAGGAUGUGGGUUCAGUGCGGGAGUCGGGCUUCAGUGCAAGGAGCACGGGCACUCCAACAAAGAGGAAGAACAUGCGGCAGCAGACCUUCGACGCCAUCGCCGAAGUCAUGGACAAACACGGUGCAUUGAUGGCGGACACGGUAGAGGGUGCGAGCAAAUGGCAGUGUAGCAUCCUGGAGCGGCAGUGUGACAUCCUGGACCGGAGGUUGAAGCCCAGAAGCGGCAGUGUGACAUACUGGAGAGGCAUUACAUGGCGUGUAGGGCAAACAGGAAGGGGCCACGUCCCAAAGUCGAAGAAGCUCCGUGUGGGAGACAGGUCGGAAGGCGAGAUGGGGGGUGACGGGGGAGAGGAGGUGACGCCUAUGGACAUCACUUCUGCAGGGACGCCUGCGCUCGGGUUCGGGCGAGACGGUGUGAGCAGGCAGCGUAUGCUUGCGCUCACCAACCUUGAUGCCCUCACGUCCACGCGCGGUGGCGGUGGCGGGACGGCUCGUGCGCAAGGAGUUCUGUCUGGUGACAUUCCGCCGCAGAGGGCUGUGGGUUCUGCAUCUACCAUCGCAUCCGUGUCUGAGCGCGGCGAUAAAGCUCCGGUCGGUGAGUCUCCAUCGUGCCACGUGGAGGCGUCCAACCCGACGAUCGUCGGCGCUUCGCCGAGGGCUAUGCUUCAACCCGCGCAAGCAGCGAGUGCCGCUGGCCAUGCCGCCGCCCUCGGUAGUGGAGAAAGGCGAGAAGAUCGGAGGGUGGAAGAUGCGGGGAGAAAACAGGAGAGGAGGGAGGAGAGUCCGCAUGGGGAAGAAGAGGACGACCAGCCUCUGAGCGCGAGGAAGAAAAGGUCCCGCCAAGAGGAGGAGUUGGAGGCAAAAUCGAAGCUGUGGGUAGACGGCAAAGCGCCGGAGGACGAUGACAUGGUCGCGCACCAGGAGGCGACUGUGAUGCAUCUUGCAUCAUGCUUCCACGACGCGCUCCAGGUCGGGCAGUGGUGGGACGGCGGUAGAUUGUCACACCAGAGACUGAGCAGAAUCGGGGAUGCUUUCCACCUGCUUUUCGCCGCGUGCAUGUGGGUCAUGAGCAUGGGAGGCGACGAUGCACGCUCCUACGAGGAGGCGUCUUACUACGCGCAGCUGGUGGCAAAACCUACUCUCGUGGCGGUGUGUUCAUCGUCCUUCAACUGGCGCCGCCAUGUGAUGCACUCGGCGAACGUGGUCCCGAGUCGCCUGCGGAAGCCACCGUUGACGCUGGGCGCUUUCCCUGACUACAUCCCGGAGUGGGCUUCGUGCGGAGUGUGGUACAACUGCAACGCUGGUCUGGCGGACCCCGACGUCGCGGCGAGAGUGGACUGGAUGGGGACGGGACCUUUUGAAGGCGAUCUGAAGGAGGACGGUACAGAAGACGAAACAGGAGCGUAAGUGUCCUCGAUAUGGCCGUCUUGCGUGACAAGGAAGAAGGUAUCGCCCGUGGAGUGAAGCGGUCCGUCAUUAAGUCCUGCUGAGGAGGCAACAAAUCAAUGAAAGGCGCAUACAUCG